AUGGCAACCGGCGAACAAAACCUCUCUGUCCUCCUCGCAACAAUGGAGCCCACCCUAGACUCCAAAACCUACGUCUUCAUCACCACAACCCAAGCCCUGCACUCCCUUCCAUUAGCCACUCUACAACCAACCCUGAUCGCCCACGAAGCCGAGGGCACAACUAUCGUGACGACUGAAGACCUUGCCGCAUCACACGGUCUUGAGGGUGUCUUCCCUUGCAAGAAGAUCUCGCUGACGGUGCAUUCGAGCCUGGAGGCUGUGGGGUUGAUUGCGGCUAUCACGAAUCGGCUUAAGGAUCACCAGAUUAGCACUAACGUGGUUAGUGGGUAUUAUCAUGAUCAUAUUUAUGUACCUGCUGAGCGAGCGGAGGAUGCAAUGCGGGUUUUGGAGGAAUUGAUUGAGGAGGCGAAGAAAUAG